AUGGACAUCUUUGAAAAAAUCAGGCAAUUAGAUUUAUUAUGCGAGAUUGCAUCUAAGGCUGCUGGGAUGGAUAAACAUGCAUUCAUCGCAAUCGCAAUAGUGAAAGGGAUCUGUCGAGAAGCUAGAGAUCGCAACAGAGAAGAUGGGAUUGCGAGAGCUGAGAGAGAGUCAAUGGAGGUUAAGGCAAAGCAAAUCCCGGCGACCAAGUCAUCUAUUGAUGCUUUGGGACGAGAAGUUUUCAACGAUUCGGGUUCAGCAACAGACUGCAUUGUUUGUAUGGAAGAGAUUGAAGCAGGGGAUGUAGCAAUUCGGAUGCCAUUUGCCACAUGUGUCCACUUUGCCGCUAUCAUAUGCCCUGUGAGUUCGGAUGAGUACUAUAGCUUUUCUUUAUCUGCUGAGUUCUUAGGUUAUUUGGUCGAAUAA